AUGUCCGCUGUCUUUCGGACCAUCACAUUAUUACUUUUUCUUUCCGUGUACAUCAUUGGUCUGAUUGGGAACGGUCUUCUAAUCUUUAUUGUAUUUCGACAGAAAAAUCUUCGUACUGUUCCCAAUUUACUUGUUGUUAGUUUAGCGCUUGGCGAUUUCUUAUUUGUUUUAUUUUGUGUACCAUUUGGGGCCGUUGCUUAUUCAUUAGAAUAUUAUCCGUUUUCAACAUUUUAUUGUCGUUUCGAGAAUUUCAUUAUUAAUCUCUCGUUGGGCGUCUCUGUCUUUUCUCUCUUAGCAUUGAGUGCUGACCGAUACAAAAUCAUCGUGAAACCAUUCUCUAGUCAUGCCAAUGAUCCAUCAAUUAAAUUGAAAACAAUCGUUAUAUCAAUAUGGGUCUUAUCAACGAUUCUCGCCUUACCCGAGACAAUCUACAGUGGUCUUAUUACCGAAACAUUUCAGCAAGAAAAUAAUCAGACAGUGGAAUUGAUUUAUUGUUGGAGUCCAAAUGAAAGUGACCUACUGGCCAAUCAUAUAUUUAUGAUCUCACGGCAAAUUUUACGUGUAGUUAUUUACUAUAUCAUGCCGUUGAUAUUCGUUUCGGUCUUUUAUAUUCUAAUUGCUAAGCAUUUAUUUCAAACUAAGCAUAUGAUUGUUACUCAGACGACAACACGGCCAUUACUUAAUGACCUGACUAAAACGAAACGAUGCGUUCCAAGCGGAAGAUUAUCCAAACCAACAUACAAUGGUGGCAUUCAAGAACAACAACGCCAUAGUGAGAUAAAUAAUAAUUAUAAAAAGAAAACAACGUCACGUUCGUUACAACUUGACAAUGAUGAUCUCAAGAGUACCCAGAAUUCAUCAUCAUCUUCAUCAGCAGUGACAAGUAAUAUUCGACGGGCUCGCGACCUGUCCUUGGGAAAUUCAACAAUAAAUAAUAAUAUGAUUCUUCAUACUCUAUAUCAAGAUGUCAAAUCUCGAAAGCAAUUACGCGCACGACAUAAAGUAGCGAAAACCGUUCUCUUUUUAUGCACUGUCUUUUUCAUAUGUUGGUUACCGAAACAAAUACAUGAUUUAUAUUGGUUUAUCGGCGUCAUUGUUUAUUCUGCACGUUGGAAUCAUUUCUGGCAAUUCAAUAAAACUCUAGCACUUAUCUUUUCUUAUACUUAUUCAUGUAUUAACCCAUUUGCACUUUAUUUUCUUUCUUCGACAUUCCGACAUUUUUACAAACGUUAUCUUUGUUUUUGGACGAACUCACCUUGUUGCUCAACGAAGUGUCGUCUUGAUGAUAUUCAUCAGCGCCGACGAACAGGUGACAUGGGUACAGUUAGUGAAUAUCAACAUCGUUCAUCGGCAAAUAAUGUCACAGGAAUUUAUUAUGAUUUAAAUCGAACAAGGAACUCCACUUUGUAUCCAACACAGCAAAGUCCGAUUCGAAUGCAUCGUUAUACCUUGUCGGAUGGCAUAUCGAGCGAAAGUGGAUAUCACCAAACUGAUAUCAAUCAUCAACGAUCGUCCUCGCCGAAUUGA